AUGUCUCUGCUCAAUAUAUUCGGCCGUCGCAAUGAAGCCUCGUCAACGUACAACCCUGUAUCAGAGGACGAGGACAAAUUGCUCGACGAACCUGUACAAACAACCAGAGCUGAGCUAGAGAAACUCAAGCAAGCCAAUGCAAACCUGAAGCGUGUAUUGGCCGUCUUUGCCGCCUUCUUCCUAGCCUUUCUCGCUCUUAUAGCAUUUAAGAGCUGGGAGUCGCAUGAAAACAGCCUAAUGUUUCCGCGCAUCCUCAAAUCGCCUGUGCCGCCUAUGCCCAUGAACAUCCAGACCUUCGAGCGCAACUCCCUCUACGCAGACCGUCCCUCUCCUGAGUCCGAUGCAGCCUGGAACGCACUCCUCCCCGAAGGUCGCGGCUUCGUCUACGUCUCCGAGUCGGAAAGCUACGCUCUGCCACCGGGCGAAAAGACAUUCUACGGCGAGAUAUACUCUGUGUCCUUGUUUCAUCAACUGCACUGUCUAGGCCAACUGCGCAAAUACUAUUGGUUGUUGAUCGAUGGAAUCUCGAGCAACAGUACGAGUUUGAAGCCAAUGGUAGAGGGCUUGUUGGGACCUUCGGGUGAGCAUGUAUCGCAUUGCUUUGAUUACUUGCGACAGACACUGCAGUGUGCAGGAGACAUGGCGUUGGAGUGGCCGAGAAAAGAGGAGGAUGGUAGUAGGUUUGCUGUGGAUGGAUGGGUGAGUUACACAUCUUCUUUUACUAGACUGCGUGCUGAUCAUCGAUGCAGNGACAUCCCUCACGAAUGCCGGAGCUGGGAUCAUAUUGUCGAUUACAUGAAGGGCUCAUACUUUAAUUUGUCCAUGAACAGCGACAUUGCGCCUGAUCAUCCUAUGCAUUCCGACGGCAAGGCGAAGUUAUGA